GAUCCCGCUGCUGAGCGGGGAGCCUCGCCCGGGCGGAACAGGAGCAGCCGCGGAGAGUAGGAGCCCGGCUCCGGUGGCACCGUCAGGCAGAGCCGAGCCCGGGUGGAGGAGAGCGGGGCACAGCUCACGCUCCUGUCCCAAGGAAGGAAGGAAGCCGCUGGGGAAGCAAAGCUACCGACUCUGCCUCUCGUGGAGCGUAGCAGCCGGAGGAACACCCUGUACAUCUUCAGCCGCCGGGACGGUAACUGAUUAUUUAUUGGGAACUGUACCGGGAGGCACCGGGAAUGUUCCCGUUUUCGCUGGAAGGAGGAUCUGGCAUUACCAGACUGAGCAGAUGAAAGGAUUUAUCUCAUUUCCCCUCCCUGGCUGGCUACUGUGACAGGAAAGGAUCCUCAAUCGCUGUUGAAACUGGCCCUGGAAAAAAUCAAAGUAGACAUUGAGGCACAUAGCGUGCCGGGAUCCAGAACGGCUGUAGCAUCAAUUUGGAAACAUAAUUUUAGCAGUUGAGGACGUUUUCACGCCUCCCACUGUCCUUCCCUCACUUAUUUUUCCCUUCUGUUCUCCCUUCUCCUGCCCUCCCAUCCCCACCUUGUAUUUCCACUGGCAACAAAAUAUUUUUCAGGAAAUAUAAGCCAAUUGGUGGCUGACAACUGAAUAUUUAAAAAAUAGGCAAGUGAGGAGAGGAAAGAGAGCUGCCCCUUUAUCUUCACUCUCUUACAAAGAUGAGGUGCCUUCUGCAAGAGCUGACAUCUCUUCUGCUGCUGGGCAUGGCCUUGGCACAGCGUCAGGUCACUGUUCAGGAGAGCCCUCUAUACCGUACGGAGGGCUCCCACAUCACCAUCUGGUGCAAGGUGAGUGGCUACCAGGGUCCCUCAGAGCAGAAUUUCCAGUGGUCCAUUUACCUGCCAUCUGCCCCAGAGCGGGAAGUGCAGAUUAUCAGCACCAUGGAUCCCUCCUUCCCUUACGCCAUCUACACCCAGCGUGUGCACAGUAAGGAAAUCUAUGUAGAGAGAGUACAAGGAGACGCUGUCCUGCUGCACAUCACGGCACUCCAGGACCGGGACGCUGGCGAGUAUGAGUGCCACACACCCACCACGGAUGAAAGGUACUUUGGGAGCUACAGCGCCAAGAUGAAACUGAUGGUCAUUCCAGACUCCUUGCGCGUGGCCUCCGUCCCACAGACCCUAAACAAAGUGGAGCGUGACUCUCUGGAGUUGAAAUGUGAGGUUUCUAAGAGUACAGCCCAGCACAGUCACCUCUCCAUCUCCUGGUACCGCCAGAAAGCAGGCGAGCCUCCCGUGGAGAUCAUCUCCCUCAGCCGUGACUUUGUCCUGCGAGCGGGCAACACCUAUGCGCAGAGGCAGGCUACUGGUGAUGUUCGUCUAGACAAGGUGGGAGAGACCACCUCCAAACUCACCAUCUACAACCUCCAGCCAUCUGACCAGGGCGAGUUCUACUGCGAGGCAGCGGAGUGGAUCCAGGACCCGGACAAGUCCUGGUAUGCCAUGACCCGCAAGCGCUCCGAGGGCACCAUCAUCAGCAUCCAAGCCACUGAUAAGGAGUUCAGUGUGCGGUUGGAGACAGAGAAGCGAACAUACACGGUGGGUGAGCCGGUGGAGUUCAGGUGUAUCUUGGAGGCGCAGAACGUCCCAGAACGCUACUUCUCUAUCUCGUGGGCCUUCAACAGCUCCCUGAUCGCCAGCCUGGGGCCCAACGCUGUGCCUGUCCUCAAUAGUGACUUUGCCCAGCGCGAGGCCCUGGGGCAGCUUAAGGUGGCCAAGGAAAGCGACAAUGUCUUUGUUCUAAAGAUCUACCGCCUCCGUCUGGAGGACAGUGGCAAAUACAACUGCCGGGUGACUGAGCGGGAGAAAACAGUGACGGGGGACUUCAUGGACAAGGAGAGCAAGCGGCCGAAGAACAUACCCAUCACGGUCUUGCCCCUCAAGACCAGCAUCUCGGUGGAGAUGACUAACAAUGCCAGCAAUAUCCUAGAGGGGGAGAGCCUGCGCUUUGGCUGCAGUGUGCGCUCGGGAUUUGGGCCCCGAAGCCAUCUCUCCGUCAACUGGCAACUUGUGGACAAGCAGAACAGGCGCAGUGAUGUUGUGCGGCUGGAUCGGGAUGGCACGCUGCAGCCGGGUCCCUCCUACUCAGAACGUAGCAGCUAUGGGGGCAUCCAGAUGGAGCAGGUGCGGCCUGGCUCCUUCACCCUGGAGAUCUUCAACAGUGUCAAGGCAGAUGAGGGUCACUAUGAGUGCCGUGUGACUGAGUGGACACGGACGCAAGAUGGGGAGUGGCAGAUGAUUGGGGAGCGUCACGCUAGCACACCCGUGUCCAUCACUGCUCUGGAGGCUGGUUUUGCUGUCACAGCCAUAUCUCGAACCCCUGGGGUGACCUACAAUGAAUCAUUUGACCUCCAGUGUAUCAUCAAGCCGCACUAUCCAUCCUGGGUCCCAGUGUCUGUGACAUGGCGCUUCCAGCCAGCGGGCAGCACAGAAUUCCAUGACCUGGUCACCUUCACUCGGGAUGGCGGGGUCCAGUGGGGGGACAGGUACAUGGGUUUCCGGACCCGCACUGCCAUUGAAAAAGCUGAGUCGAGCAACAACGUGCGCCUCAGCAUCAGCCGGGCCAGUGACACUGAGGCCGGCAAGUACCAGUGUGUGGCCGAGUUGUGGCGGAAGAACUACAACAGCAGUUGGACACGACUGGCAGACAGGACCUCCAACCUGCUAGAGAUCCGAGUCCUGCGGCCAGUGACCAAGCUGCAGGUCAGCAAAUCGAAGCGGAGCAUCACCCUGGUGGAGAGCAGGCCCAUCCCGCUGAACUGCUCCGUGAAAUCGCAGACCAGCCCAGACUCUCACUUCGCGGUGCUGUGGUACGUCCACAAGCCGUCCGACGCCGAUGGCAAGCUCAUCCUCAAGACAACCCACAGCUCUGCUUUCGAGUACGGCACCUACGCCGAGGAGGAGGGGCUGCGGGGGAGGCUGCUGUUCGAGAGGUCCUCCUCCGGGGGGCUCUUCAGCCUUACUGUCCAGCGGGCCGAGGUCAGUGACAGCGGCAGCUACUACUGCCAUGUGGAGGAGUGGCUGCUCAGCCCCAACCAUGCCUGGUACAAGCUGGCGGAGGAGGUGUCUGGGCGAACCGAGGUCACCGUCAAGCAGCCAGACAACCACCUGCAGGUGAACCAGACCCAGAAGAACCUCACGGUUCUGGAGAACCAGUGGGUGACACUAGAGUGUGCAGUCACCAACCGGACCAGCCCUACAUCACAGCUGUCAGUGGAAUGGUACGUGUGGAAAUCUGGCCACCCAGAGAAAGAGGCAGUGGCACAGCUGAGCCGCCAGGCCACGCUGCAGUAUGGAGACCUGGCAACUCUGAGCGGCCUGAAGGGAAGGUUGAAUUUGGAAAGUCCUUCCCCAGGCCUGUACCUGCUCACCCUCCAGAAUGUGACAGUGCAAGACAGCGGGGCCUAUGACUGCCGCGUGGAGGAGUGGCUCUUAGAUCCCAGUAACCAGUGGUACAAACGUGCAGAAGACCUCUCUGGGCUGACUACGGUCACAGUGAAACAGCCAGAUCCCACCCUGCAGGUGGAUACCGCCAUCUCCAACCUCACAGUGCUAGAGAAGGAGCCCUUCCCACUGGACUGCAACAUUCUGUCCCGCUCCAGCCAAGAGUCCCGCUUCGCUGUGACUUGGUACAACCUGAGGACGAAAGAGGGAGGAGGCCUCGCUAGCCGUGGCACGGAGGAAGAGGAGGAGAGGGAGGCUCUGCUAAGCGUGGGCCCGGAUGCAGUGUUUGGCCAAGAGGCAGGUCGCUUUGAAGGCAGGCUGCGCUUCCAGAGGCUCUCCUCUGCGCACUACCGACUGACCGUGCUGCAGGCAGGCGCUGCUGAUGCUGGCAACUACUCGUGUCGUGUGGAGGAGUGGCUGCCUGACCCCAAGGGGGCGUGGUACCGGCUGGCUGAGGAGGAGUCCGGCACAGUCACUAUUCACGUGCAGGACACAGGCUCCACUCUGCAGUCCAUCAUCUGCUCCAACGAUGCCCUCUUCUACUUUGUGUUCUUCUACCCCUUCCCCAUCUUCGGCAUCCUAAUCAUCACCAUCCUCCUGGUGCGAUUCAAGAGCAGGAACUCCAGCAAGAACUCAGAGGGGAAAAAUGGGGUCCCUUUGUUGUGGAUCAAAGAGCCACACCUCAACUACUCUCCCACCUGCCUGGAGCCGCCAGUCCUCAGCAUCCACCCAGGAACAAUAGACUAAAGGGAAGAGGCCCAGAGGGACCUGCAAAGAGAGAGAGAAAAAACACACCUGGAACCCAAAGGAACGGAACGGUUUUGAUGUUCUUGUUUAGUUGUUUCAACAUCUGUUCUUCGGCUCCAUGGCUGAGCCAUUCAGAGGUCCCUAUCUCUGGGGAUUGGAGGGUUUGAGUCUUUCUCAAGCACCUGCAAUAACACAGCUAGUCCAGAGAUGGACAGACAGUUCAUGUGCUUGCUGUACAUAGUGGAUUUUCCUCUUGGGUUCAUUUUGUUCUCAGUUAUUGUUAUCCUUUGGGCUAAGCUUUUGUUACCCCAAAACUGUAGUGUUCCCUUCCGUCACACAGUGAACAGCUCCCCGAGGAGUUUCACCCAGUGCUCUGGUUUGGGAGUCCUGGGGCUCUUUUUGGAAUACAUGUAUUCAUUUCCUGGCGUAGAUUUUGUUUGCCUUUCUUGGACUUCAUGUUGUUGUGAACAAAAUCUUUCCCGAAGGUGAACUGAGACAGCUGCUCACUAUCCUGAAGUGAACAGGACCGGCCCUGCAUCUGGACGGUGGGUGAGUUUUGGCAAGGUCUGUCUCAAAGACGAGGCUGGCGUAUCCACUUCUGCACCCCAAAUGUUUCUCCUUUCUUUGAGGAUUUCAUACGCGUGUGUGUGUGUGUGUGUGUGUGUGUGUGUGGCUUCAGCUGGAGAUGUGCUCUUGUCCUCAGACAGGAUUGAGUGCUCAGGCCACUUGCAGUCAAGACCGAAGCAGCCUGGUUUGCUGCCAGGGGCUGUGCGCGCACCUGGGAGGCAUGGGGCACUCGGGGCCUGCUACUAGCAAGAGAAGGCUUCCCAGACCGUCGAGCUUACCAAGAACAGAAAGCCUCCCCUCCUGGUUUUGCUAAUCCUUGAUCCCGCGGUCUCUGACGUGGCAAGAGUAAGACUGGGCUGCCUGCGUGCUCCUGUCACACCGCACCAACCGGCUGGAUCCAACCUCGCUAGCGUGACCAAAGUAAUGACUUCAAGGAAACAGGGGAAGGGGAGGCUCCACUGACUGAAAUUGAUUAUAUUUGAAUGGUUCUGCAAGGGUGGUAGGAUACAGCCACACUGGGCAAUCGGAGCGUGGAAUUAAUGACCAGGUUUCAUUGCUUUUCCCAAUGACUUGCACUAAUUACCAAUGUGAGCUGAAACCAGACCAAGGAGGCUGCAGCAGGGAUUUUGCUCCCCCGGUGUGUCUGUGCCCUUUGGAGAGAAAUGAAUCUUCUCCCUUGUCUCUUGUUUGUGUGCCAUUUUCUGUUAUUUUGGCUUUAUUUCUCCAGGAAAACGACCCUUUUCCCCACAACCCCCUAGAGCCACCUGAUCUUUAUUGUAAGCAAGUGCUGGGACAGUAAGUGCUGUUCUUUCUGUGAAAGAUACGGCUGUUAAAAAUCAAAUUGGGGCUCGGUAUAAUUGGAGCACCCAAAGUCCAUUACUCAGUAAGCCAAGUACCCCUGGCAUAUCCAGUGUCAGAAACCACCUCCUCUCUAGCAUGCUCUCGGCACGUGUCGGGGGGAAGGGGUGGAAUGAUGGCCGAAAAUGGCCUUUCAGUGUCUUCCUUAAUGGCUUCCUGGCAAACCUGGCUAUUUAUCUUUUGUGGAAUGGCUGAAUCCGAGUGGGGCAAUACUGCACAUCCUGUUUCCCCACCCCCUUUUUGCUGGUGAGGGGCCAUUCCUGCAGUCUUUGUCCUCUCCAACCCAAUAGGACUCUCUUUCCUCAAGAGAGAAGAAUCUAGCAGGUCCAUUGUAGAGCAGCCCUGCUCAGAGAACUCUACAGGACUAAUAGGUUAAACCAUGAUGCUCUGAUGUUUCAUUGCAGGUGAAGAACCCACACAGAAGUCUUACACUCUGUAAUCUCUCCAUAGAUCAGGGAGGGAUGGGUGCGGGGGUGUCUAUACUACAUACAUGUGCAUAAAAAUCUCACUCGAGUCCACCUCACGUUAGUUUUAAGACAUGCCUUUCUUUACGGGAGAGGCAUUUGCUGUGUUCCAUUUCACUCAGACCUUCUCAAAGUCUCCCUCCAUCAAAUUGUUACAGCCCCCGUGUGUAGAAUAUUGCUCUCUAAUAUCCACUUAUGCACUCCUCCCCUUUUGAUGAUAUACUGAGGGUCUGCUCAGAAGAGAGGACUGAAAAGUGAAUGGAAAUAAAGAACCAACCAAAACAAAGUAGCCGUAAAGCCAGUGAGUAUUGUUUCAUAAAUGUAAAAUCUCCUGUACGUACUGGUUCAGGGCAGGAAGUGCAACUCAUUUCAGUUUUAAAAGGAAAAAAAGACAGCAACAGGAGCCUUUCCUGCCCUAAGAGAAGAACAUUAUUCCUCAUCUGUGCGCUGAAAAUCUGCUGUAUUGACCCAGUAGCCUCUACACCCUUUGACUGGCAUUGCUUCCCUUUUCCCAGCAAAGCUAUUCCACAGUGACCUCCAGUGGCCAGAAACAUUCCCUUCUGCAGCAUUGCUCUUCAGCAGAUGCAUUCAUGAGGGUUGUAAGAUGGGAUUUCCCUCUAAGCAGCGUUUGUGGUUACACAAUUUAUUGGGAAUAUGACUUAUCAAGUUAGCUGGCAACAUAUUGCCCAGCCUCACUUUUUUUUAUAAACGAGACUUCGCUGUGGCAAGUUUUAUCAUGAAGUUUUUCAAACAAUCUUUUUUCUGCUUUAACUUCCUGUAAUGAGCCAAGAAGCAAAGAGAAAAACCUGUCCAUGCAUGAUGUGGAAAACUGUUUGGAAUUUUUUUUUAAAGAGCUUUGUACUAUGUUGCACUAAACUUGUUUUAUACAACACAUCCGAGAGCUGUAGUAAACUGUGUUGAAACUGUGA